CAAACACGUUCACUCCAAUAUGGAUGAAUCAAUCACUCUCGCUUGUUUUCUCUUUUUGGUCCUUGUCGUACCGUCCAUUAAAUCUGAAGACAUGGCCCCGGCCCCGGCCCCGGCCCCGGCCCAGAUCAAAGCAGCUCCGAUCAAUCUCACGGCGAUUCUCGAGAAGGGUUCUGAAUACUCGACCUUCAUCCACCUCUUGAACGCCACCCAAGUCAGCGUUCAAGUAAGCAUCCAACUCAACAGCUCGAAUCAGGGCGUCACCGUUUUCGCCCCUACCAACAAUGGUUUCACCAACCUUAAACCUGGGACCUUAAACGGUCUCUCGAACCAGCAGCAGAUCCAGCUCAUGCUUUAUCACAUCAUUCCAAAGUAUUAUUCCAUGAGUGAUCUCAUCUCUGUUAGUAAUCCCGUGAGAACUCUUGCCACCGGACAAGACAGCGGAGACUUCAGGCUGAAUUUCACUGGACAGAGCAACCAAGUGAAUAUCUCGACCGGUGUUGUCCUGGCGCACGUCAACAACGCGUUGAGACAACACUUUCCGUUGGCGGUUUACAUGAUGGAGCAGGUGCUUUUGCCGCAAGAUAUGUUCGGAUCUCCGCCGCCCGAAACCAAGGCUCCCUCCGCUUCUCCGACAGCUCCGGCGCCUGAAAAAUCACCUUCCGACCAUGCCGAUUCUCCGGACUCUGACGAGCCUCCGGCCGCCUCCGAGGAGCCCGAGUCUGGUUCAGGAGGAAGGGGAACUACUACCGGGUUCGGUUUGGUUCUUGGUCUUGCAUGGUUUUGUUUUGGGUUGCUUUCUUGAUGAACGUCCAAAUGCCAUAAAAUAAAACAUGUAUUUUUUUUUUCCAUCGUUAUCUAUCACUAUAUUACUGUCUGUGAUCCAAUAACAUAGUUGUUUUUCCCUCA